AUGACCACCAUGCCAGCUGUCUCCUACAACUUUAGAGAGCAAAACUACUGUCAACUUCAUGAGGAGCAAACAGGAUGGUCCUGUGAUGUGAGCGUCUGGUGCAAGACAAUGCAUCACGGCACCCCAGGGACCAGGCUGGCGGAUGGAGCAUCCGUCACCGAGUCUCGAUUCCUCUUCAGAGGCAAGACGCUAUGGGAGGAAGUUAUCCACAUCACUCCUCCUGCAAACGUCACAGGAGACAGUGACCCCACCUGCGCUCAGCAGUCCACCAACAAAGGCCGAGUGAAAGCCAGAACUUUCAGCCCCACUGAAGGGUAUGAGGCCCCACCCCACAGUGUCACUGGAGACCACGGGGCGGGGCCUGAACGUCCACCUAUGCCCGGCAGGAUGACACGACCGUCCACCUCCCUGCUGCAGUGGCGUCAGAAGAGCCAAGAGGAGAAUCAGACCGAUCGGCAUCGGCCAGUGGCAACAAGGCCCCCUUCGCGUGAUGACGGUGGACACCACGCAGAAAGGGGUGAGGCAGUGCCACGUGCCCACCAGCCGGGGCCGCAGUGGUGGCUGCUGGGGAGCCUGAGCCCGCUUCCCAGCUCUGCCGAGGAACACCUCUCCCUCGGAUGUCACUGCACGCCAAGUGGGAGACCUGCGUUCCCCCCGCCUCCACUGGGGGCGACACGGGGAGGACCCCGCCAGCAGCUGAAGGAGUUGGAAAAGGCGGACUAA